GGACCAAACUCCAGAAACACCUCCGCCGCGCUCUGGACAUGAUGAAGAAGGAGGACUUGAAGGCCAUCCACCUGAGCCACGGCCUACAGCACCUGAGUCGCUCAGUCUUGGGCAGCCCCGUGCGCUACGUGACGUACGAUUUGCACGAGAAUCGCUUUGUGGUGCUCGACUCGGAGAACAAGCUGCACUUCUUGAAGGAGGACGGCUCCUACAAGAGCUGCCUGAGGGCCCCUGCCCCCAUGGCGGGAAUCCUGUACGCCUCCCUGGUCAACCAGUUUGUGGCUUGGGACGAGGGCGGCCUCCAUGUCCUGGACUCCGGCUUCCAGCUGCUCUCCCAGGUCCGCUCUGCCAUGCCUAUCCGAUGCGGGAUCUACAGCGAGAACCUGAACCGGAUCGUGACCGCGGGGGAAGGGAACCUGACCAUCUGGGACUUCCGCUACGGCUGCCGAAGCCUGCAGUGCCGCAUCAUCCUGAGCGAGGGCCUGGGGCCCGGAGACGUCUUCACCCAUAUCGCCCUGGACACCAGCAGCUUCCAGCCCCAGCGCUGCUUUGCCUCCAGCGUGACUGGCGCUGCGUCCUGGGAUAUCUCCAAUGGGAAACUCCUCUCUUCCAAGAAGGAGCUCCACAGCAGGGCGAUCACAGACAUCACCUACUGCGAAGUGAUCAGCUGCGCUAUCACGGCCUCACGGGACACAACCAUCAAGGUCUGGGACAAGAACUGGCACAUUCAGACGGUCUUUGUGGGCCACACGGGUCCGGUCGUCGCUGUGACCAUCUACCCUCAGAGGCCCCUCAUCUUCUCUGCCUCCCAGGACGGCACCAUCCGAACCUGGAACCUCAACACCAUUGACCAGGUGGACCAGGUCCAUUUAUCGGAGCCCGUGGAGACCCUGAAGGCCGUGACCCUUUCUCACGUCGUCUCCAUCUCCGGCUCGUCUCUGACCCUCUGGAAGAUCAACAAGCUCUACUCGCUGUACACGCCCGUGGGGUGCCCCAUCCGGCACAUCUGCUGCGUCAACCUGGAGGCCCUGGGCAACUUCCCCGUCCGCGCCCUCUGCAUCUGCCAGGACUCCACCGUGCGGAUGGUGGAUGCUCAGAGCGGAGUCAUCAUCUCCAUCCUCUUUCUGGACAGCCCCCGCCAGGGCCUGGACGUGGCGUACUGCCUGCCCCGGGAGACCCUCUUUGUGCUGAUGGAGGAUGGCGCCGUGCUGUGGGCCAACAGCGCCCAGGACCCCAUGCCCAUCAGGAAGACCCUGCCGGCCCGCACCUGGGCGUCUGCCCCCUGCUGCCUCGUGGUCUACAGCCAUGUGUUGGACCCGGAGAAGGCCUAUUCCCAGUGGCUGGACGUGCUGGAUUGCAAGGGCUACAAGAAGCAGUGGCUGAAACUCCCGGAUAAAAACAGGUUCCUGCUAAUUUUGGGGCACAAAACGGGCUUCCUCACCGUCGUGGAGUGGUUUCUGACCCGAAACCGGUACAAGGUGGAGGCUCACGGCUCCCAAGCGGUCACAGCCUUGGCUGAAUACCCCACUCAGAUGUGUAUCAUUUCAGCAGGUAACGACCGCACGGUGAAGAUGUGGCGCGUCUUCCCCUACACCACGGAGUGCCUGGUCCCGCUCCUGAGCUUCUCCUGUGCCUCCCCCGCCUUGCACCUGUGCUCCCUGGGGGAGACGCUGGCGGUGGCCUUCCAGGACCCCCAGACGGCCACCUAUAGCGUCGUCUACUACAACCUGAUGAAGCAGACGCGCUUGGAGCACAAACCCGAAGACGACGCCCAGGACAACAUCACAGGCCUCUGCUGCUGCCCCAACCUGAAGCUCGUCGCCUCAUCCAGCAGAGACGGAUCUGUGAAGAUCUGGGACAUCGAGAACAGGCUGCUGCGGCACCUGAAGAUGAACACCAUCCCGGAGUGCCUGGCCUUUGCCAACCACUGGGGGGACCUGCUGGUGGGGCUGGAGAGACACGUCUUCCUCAUCCACCACAACAAGUACCUGCCCAACCACUACAGGAUGAAGCUGCUGUGCGCCAGGUUCCUGGAGCCCCUGGAGGGCAUCCCUCUCCCCAUCAGCGAUUCCCACUUUGAGGCUCUCGUCAAGGAGAACGUCCGGCGGCUGAAGCAGGACCCGCCCUUGGAGGAGACCGAGUCCCCUGUGCCUGGAGCCCGCAGGAUGGAGAAAGGGGCAGAGAUGCCUUGAGCCCCCACCCUCUUGCAGGGACUCUCCCAGUUGACCGACAGGAACCAGGAUCUGGAGCUGGUCCAGAAGGGGAAAGUAAGCGUGACCAAGAAAUUGCGGCCCACCAAGGAAAUGAAGGAAGAGGCCUUUGAGAAAUACCUGCGGAUAUUCUACAAGCCGCAACCCAACAUUGAGAUCCCGGAGGAGGACACCUUCAAUGCCGAUGAGGUGCUGGAAGUCAUGUGCCGGGAGUCCAUAUCGGAGCUCUAUGCGCCAGACGGCAUGUUCCUGGGCUGCUUCCCUCCACCCAUUUCCCUGCAAGGCCCCGAGACGUUGGAGUUUGGCACGACAAAAAGGGCAAGAUACCCCCAUGCCGAGAAGAGGAGGAGGUUGCCCCGUCCGGCGCCCUCGCCAGUGGUGACAGCCCCUGAGGAGGUUCCGGAGCCCAGCUCUAGCCCUCCCUUGGACGCAGUGGAGAAAUCUCCCCCCCAGCUCAAGACGUCCUCCCCAGCCCUCAUGUUCUCUGGCAUGGACACCAGGAGCAGCAAGGUCAAGAUUCGCCGGGCAACGUUGACUAAAGACUUGGAUGCAAUCAAAGAGUCCGAAAGGGGUGCCUCCGCCUCACCCCCUUCGCAACUCUCCUCAACCCCCAGUUUUCCUGCGGAGCCCAUCAAGAGCGAGAAGAGUGUCGUCUUCAAGGAGUCCCCCUCACCAAGCAAGAGCCAGGGGUCUCCGUCGCCAAGCAAGAGCCAGGGGUCUCCUUCAUCACCAAGCAAGAGCCAGGGGUCUCCUUCGUCGCCAAGCAAGAGCCAGGGGUCUCCUUCGUCGCCAAGCAAGAGCCAGGGGUCUCCUUCGUCGCCAAGCAAGAGCCAGGGGUCUCUUUCCUCGCUUGAGAAGAGCCAGGGGCCUUCUCCCUUGCCAGCCAAGAGCCGGAGCCAGGCAUCUUCCGUUAUCAUCAAGGGCUUCUUUCCCGAGAGGCCGCCUUCAGGCAGCAAGGAGUACUUCAAACUGCAGGUUGAGCUGGAGAGCCACCACGCGCCGCUGCCCGGUUAUCGUCCGGUUUCAUCCCCAACUCUGUGGCUGCCCUGCAGUUUCACAGCCAGGAGUUGCUGGCGGAUGAGAAAGAGGAGAGGACUCGUGAGGGUGGUGGCGCCGGAGACAGAAAGCCCCUUGAAAACGGUCUCAAUGUGGAAGGUGGACAAGGAUGAGGAGCCAAGGACACUGGUUUCUGAAGAGACCAGCAUACUCAAGGCCAGUGGCAAACAGAGGGAUCUUCCUGAGAUCUUCCUGACGCAGCUGGAUGAAUCUCAAUACCCAGAGCAGAAGAAAGAGCCUCCCUUCUUUGUCUGGCCGUUCUUGGACAUGCUGUGGUUCCAAGACCUUUUUCCUGAGGGCUUUCCGCCGGAUAUGACCUUGAAUGAGUUCUUGACGAAGCUGAUGGCAACAUUGGUUGCCUCCAGAGACUUUGGCCAAAAGGCAGAGCUGGUUGCAGCCAUCGCGAGCCUGAAGGACGAGAUGGGGAAUCGGAUGAGAGAGCUGGUCUGCAGCACCUUUAUCCAGGUGUUGAACAAGAGGGACGACAUGCCCUCCAUCCGGGAAAGGAAGCAUCGGAAGUUCAUCCUGGGCACCUUGCGGGCCCUCGUGAAGAUGGACAAGGACAACCAGGACCUGAUGGUGGAGCUCAUGACCUUUUACCUGCAGGCUUACACCCCGGACAAGGUCACUAUUCACAAUCUGAUGCAGGAGGUGGGGCUCCAGGACCCCCAUAGCUAUUUCACCAAGGAGCUGAGCUCCUGGCCGGUGGAGGCGAGCGACGCCAAAGAGUCAGUGCGAGGAACCUGCGACCGGUGGCUGGGAGGGAAGAUGCAGGAGCUCAAGGAGCACAGAGCUCAGCUUUUGGAGCAGAAGUUUCCGUCCGGAAGGGGGUUUUACUUUAAACCUUUCCAGAAGCAGAAGAGACGCUCCACCAUGGAGACGGAGAGCAAGAUGUCCUCCCCGGAAAGCUACCAAGAGGUGAGGAGGCUUACAGAGGAAGCUUGUGAAGCCAGCCCAGGUUGGGAGCAGAGCAGCUCUAGUGUGGACCAAGAGAGGCGGCUGGAGGGGAAAUACCGGUAUUCCCCUGAGAGCUACAUAGAGGUAAGGUCUGCUGAAGAAUCCCCUGAGAGUGAGGGGCUGUCCCUGUGCCGGGUGGGAAAAGACCUGGGGGAGAAGGAGCUGGCAGAGAGGAGAUCCAUUGUGGAGGAGAAGAGGGCGUGGAAGCCAGAGAGUCCACAGGAGCCAGAGGGUAGUGCUGUCACGGACGAUGCAGAGCAGCCAGAAACGGAGGAGUCAGGAAGCCUGGAGGCGGAGGCAGCUCAGUUUUGGAUGGAGCCCGUCCUUGCCAUCGAUGCCAUCCAUUUCUUUGCCAAAAAGCAGCUGGAGAAGGAGCUGGAGGAGGUGAAGCAGAUGGUCUCUUCUUCGCUAAUCUCUCCCAAGGACACCGUCAUGGCCUUGCCUCCCAUUAAGAAGAAGCGCGCCAUCCUGCGCCUCGGAGAAACCAACGCCAUGUUGAGGAAGAGAAUACCUGAGCGCUUCUAUUGCCCGUACAUCUUCCCGCGCUAUCUCAUGAAGGGGUUUGCGCCCUUUGUGAAACUUCCCCUGCCGAGAAUCAACUUGGAACCGUUCCCACCCAUUCUGAAGAGGCCGCCAUCACCAAAGUCAUUCACCGCCAUGCAGCAGUUGGUGCGGAAGUAUUUCAUCCCCAAGUCUUCGUAUGCCGACAACUACCCUUGAAGGCUUCCUGCGUGGAGGAGACACCUGAAGUUCCACCCGAGAGGGGAAAUUCCUUCAGGCUGGGAAU